AUGCAAGCAGUAGGUCUAGAUCUUUGUGGGAACAUUGUGGGCCGAGGAGCAAGCGAGAAGAACGGCGUCGGUAUGACCCAGCACCAACACAGAGAGAUGGUGGCCGCGAGAACUGACAGCGAGAACAACCCGUCCAGCCACAACCCUCCAAACCAUAACCCACCCAAGAUUCUGCCAGUGUCUGGAAAACUGGAGCAGGCAAUGCAGAACAACUCCGGCCUUGUUCGUCCCUCUGCCUUCAAGCCGGUGGUUCCCAAGAGCUUCCACUCCAUGCAGAACCUGGUGGGCCAGACAGGAGGGGCUGGAAGCGAGGGCAAGACUGAGGCAAGGAGUGAAGGGUUCAGUGAGGGAAGAGGUGGCAGGAGAGGCAGGGACGGGGGAGGAGAGUCAGGAGAGGUCCCAGAGGCCCUGCUCCUCGACCAGGACAGCCCAGUAAGGGUCAGCAGAAGUGAGGGUGGGGGAAAUGGUAUUGAAGUGGUUCAGGGAGGGAUGUCUGACUCAGGGAGGAACUCCCUGACCAGCCUGCCCACCUACACAGGCUCAGGGUCUGGUUGUGGACCCCCAGCAGUCCUGGGGCCUCUAAGUGCUUCCACCAGCCACAUCAACAGGUUGGGCAUGGUUGGGGCAGCUGCAGGCCUGGACAAGCUAGAAAAGCCUGGCUACCAGAAUGGGUUAAGUGCUUCAGACAGCGGCCGCUCGUCCUCGGGAAAGAGCUCCUCAUCCUAUCAGAGGCUGAGCCACCUGAGUGAUGCCCCAGCACCUCUGCGCCCCUCACCCUCAUCUGAUGACAUCAUUCAGGACCUGGAGGACCGUUUGUGGGAGAAAGAGCAAGAGGUGCAGCAUAUGCGCCGCAACUUGGACCAAAGUGAGGCAGCAAUCAUUCAGGUGUUUGAAGAGAAGCAACGCGUCUGGGAGCGACAGAUGGAUGAGCUGAGACAGAACUAUGCCUCGCGCCUACAGCAGGUUACACGUCGUGCUCAGCGCUCCCAGACUGCCUUGCAGGCCCAGAUAACCCGUCUGUCCCAGGACAAAAGGAGGCUCCAGGAGGAGAUGGCGGCUCUGCUAGCCCAGAGAGAGGAGCUGGAGAGAAAGUGUCUGGAUUACAGGAAGGAGCAGGCUGACAUUUUGCCUCGCCUGGAGGAGACCAAAUGGGAGGUGUGUCAGAAGGCAGGAGAGAUCUCCCUGCUGAAGCAGCAGCUGAGGGAGAGCCAGGCUGAGGUGACCCAGCGAGCUGGAGAGAUGGUGGCCCUGAGAGGCCAGCUGAAGGAGCUCAAUGCCCAGCUGAGGGAGCGGGAGGAGACCAUGCUGGGCCUGAAGGACUCCUACAGCACCAAGAGUCUGGAGCUGGAGAAGUGUGAGGGAGAGCUGAGGAGGACACUGUCAGAAGUGUCCAUCCUCAGAGAGAAACUGGGUGUAUUUGAGGCAGAGGUGCUUAGUCUAAAGCGGGCUCUGAGUGAAGUUAGCAGAGGAGCCGAAGUUGUCGUGAGCCCCAACUUAGCUGCUGCAGGACUAUUGCCACCCUGGGGAGCUGUGCACUGCCCACGAAACCCCUCUGAGCCCUCAACCAACUCCCUCACCCCCACGUCUGACACCCUACUGAGUCUUCAGAGUGAUGAAGCCAAAGCCCAAAGGCAGGAGGCUCAGAGACAAGAGAGGCAGCAACGUGAAGAAGCUCAAUGGCGUGACCUGCGGCAAGAAGCCCAUAUACAGCAGGACAUGCAAAUUCGUCAAGAUGGCCAAGUCCGACCAGAUGCUCAACUCCGCCAGGAAGCCCAGCUUCGUCAGGAGGCUCACCUCCGCCAUGAAGUCCAAAUCCGUCAAGAGGCCCAACUUCGCCAAGAAGCACAGCUGCGUCAAGAGGCGCAGCUCCGUCAGGAGGCCCAACUGCGUCAAGAAGCUCAGCUACGUCACGAGGCCCAACUCUGUCAGGAGGUGCAGCUUCGUCAAGAUGCUCACCAGCCACAGCGGGUCCAGGAGGGUCACUGGGACGAAGCAGGGGAGCUGCGCAGGCAACUAGAGCAACUUCAGGCUGCAUUACGUCUGGAGCGACAGCAACGGGAACGUCAGGCUCUCAACUUUGACCAGGAGCGACACACCUGGCAGGACGAGAAAGAACGAGUUUUGAAAUACCAGGCACAGUUGCAGCUGAGCUAUGUGGAAACACUGCAGAAGAAUCAGGCUUUGGAAAAACGCAUGAGCCAGUUGGGAGCCAAACCAGCUACAACCUCCACAACCACCACUAUCACUACCACCACCACCUCCCCCUCCUCCUCUAAUUCUCCACCUCCACCGCCAACCCUUUCACCUCUGUCUGCUCAGCCCCCUUCCCUCCCCGGUCCCAUCACCCUCACCCUCUCCCCACCCUGUGAAGACCAGAAGGGCCCGCCUUCUCUCCACCAGCUUGCCCCUCCUUGGGCAGGACCUUCACGCCUGGAGAGGAUAGAGUCCACUGAGAUAUAG